AUGCUCCAGACAGUCAGCGGGAAGCACAGAACAGCCAGCUGCCUCAUCCCAGACAGCAGCAGGGGCAGUGCAAGCCAACUGGUCCCGUACGGUUUUGGCUCAGUGCGCCUGCGACGGGAGCUGAGUCGCUGUCUCUGCGCACACAAACCGGACCGAGAGUGUGAGAACUUCUGCUCCCUCAAACCCACCGCGGAAGACGACAUCAGUGUGGAUAAAAGAACAAGCUCGUCACACCACCAGGGCCGUCGCAAAGCAUUCUGGGAGAAACGGAACCGGCAGGCUCUGAAGCCUCACACCUGA